GAUGACGGAGGGAACAGCAGGCAGGGCAGGAAGAGCUUCUCCUCCUCCAGCAUCCAUCACUGCUCCUGCUCCCAUCCAUCCAGCGUCCGGAGCGUCCCGACCACCCAACCGCCCGACCACCAGACCCUCUGUACCCUGUUACCUGCUGACGGAGCAGAACUGAAACAGGAUGUGACCGAAAGGUGGAAUAAGUCUGAUCGGGAACUCCGUAUCCCUUUUUUCGAAAGUUGUAAAGUUAAGACUUUUUGCUCUAAAUUCUCACAAUGCACUCAGCUCGGCCCUCCGUUCCUCCGAGGGCGCGCCGGUAUGACCAUGGUAGGCGCACAGAAGCGCAGAAACCGCCCAACCACGCAGGCAGGAGGGAGGACAAAAGCGUAAGCAGUGUUGCCUCGUCCCCUCGCCGUGUCACUCGAGGACCUCCUGAGCCUUCCAGGUUAAAGAGCCAGGCUCCACGCUCCUCUGUGACCCAGCCUAGACUGGCCCGGCUGCAGAAAAACGGCGCUCAGCCUGUGGCGGGAAACCCCAAACCAAAAGUCGGACAUGCUGCAAAAACCAACAACGUUGGCCCAGCCGCGGUGGAUCCGAACUGCAAUGAACCCGGUCUGCCUUGCCUGUGUUGCGAUGGCCAAUCCCACCAGGAUAGCAAUAGCCUGUUCAAUCACAAUCAUAACAACAAUAACACUGUAGCCAUCAGGCAACAGCUAAAGCUAGCAUCUCCACCUCUAAAGGACAAGGAGGAAGAGAAGAAGCCAGAAGUAGGAAGGAAAGCCAAAAGUAAGCCAGAGGAAGAGCAGCAGCCGGUGUCUCUCGAUGUUCCUGUGGUCAACAACGUGGAAGACAAAGAGGAGAAAAAUGGCAAUGAGGACAAACAGGAUAAAGCUGACCUCAAAGAUGAUGAAGCUGGUGCUAAUCUGAAAGGCAAAGUAGAUGAGAACGGCAACGAUCACAAUCACAAUGAAGCUCCUGCUGAAGAGGUUGUUGAGGACGCUGUGGUGAACGACGUGGUUGUUGAUGAUAAUGCUGAUGAUGGUGAUGCUGAUGACGUUGAUGAUGCCGAUGAUGACGAUGACGACGAUGAUGAUGACGAUGAGGAUGACAACACCCUUGUACCUUCAUGCUGCGACUGUCCGGCAUCCAUGCUGGACUUUUCUCUCACCUCUUCUACCUCAUCUUCAUCCACCUCCAUCAGUAGCUGCUCAGAUCUGGAGUCUGAUUGCCCCGAUACGUUUUCAUUGUCGCUGCAGGAGCACAAGCAGGAGGAGCACUAUCCUGCCGCACCUCACUACCCAGAAUCCCACUCCAGUUUUUUCCAACCUUGCUCCCUGCCUCUGGACCUUAGUACCUCCGUCAGACCACCACCAUCACCUUGCUCCCCUGAUGAAGGAUACCCUUCAGCCCCCUCGUCUCCCUCUUCUGACUUCAUUGAAAGCAAGAGAUCAGAGGAAGACAAGGGGAUCAAAGUAGAUCUUCUCAACUUUUUGGACUCUAUAGAUGAACUUGGCAAGGUUGAUCGCUUCUAUCGAAUUGUUCAAGUGGCGCGCUGGGAGCUUGAGACUGACCUGGAUCUGAGAGACAGGCUGGUUCACCAGGAAAGGCUUGAGAAGGUCAACAAGCAGGUGAAACUUGUCCAUCUGGAAAGACUUCAGGAAGCCGGCCUUGAAUUAGACGAGGAAGAUCUUUCUGGUGUGCUAGACGAAAUGGGCAAUAUUGACCUUUCCUGGAAGAUGUACAAAAGUGAUCAAUCAAGCGAUUCCCAGGAAUACAGUGAUGCAGGGGUAGAUAUGACAGCCCCAUCUGACCUUGAUGAACCUUCUGCGCCCGAUUCCCUUGUGCCAUCUCCUGUGGAUCCUCCUCCAAGGCCACCUAAACCUCCGGCGAGGCACAUCAGUGCACAACCAGAAUUGCACACAUACAUGAACAUCAGUGGGAACACUCCUUCAGUUUCUUCACCCUCCUCCCCAGUCAAGUCGUUUAGUCUUGUGGUUUCUGCGUCUGAACCUCCACCACCACCUUCGGCAUCGGCUUUGGCAUCAAAACCUCCUGCUUUGCCUCCUCCACCAUCCCAGCCUGUUCCUUACUUCACCCUUUAUUCUGAUUCGCCCUCCUUCCCUUCUCCUACUCCACCUAUUCCACCUCCUAGAAGGCGCCACAAAGCCCGAUUGGAGGCUCAGAGGCUUGCUGAACUUGCGAAAGAGAAGACACCGCAAUCUCUUCCUGCUCCAACCUCCAGACCCCCACCGCUACCACCGCCACCAACCGUCCAGCCGUCUCCUCCUGUCAUUCCACCUCCUCCAUCACUCCCACCUCCUCCAUCCUUCCACGCUCUGGACGUGGAGAUCCGUAAACUGCUGGCACUGGCUGGGAUCACUCAAGCUGAGCUGCUGAGGCUUAGCCCAGAGCUGGGGGUUUGUGUGGAUGGUGUACUGGAGGAGAGUGAGAUGUCUGAGAUCUCAAAGACACACAAAGACAUGCAGAAGGAGGAUGUUGACCAGGGGAGCGAUUUAAGCUGGAGGGAUGAGCUUAGAAAAGAAGAUCAGCUUGGGAAAGGUGUGAAAGAUUUAGAAACAUCCAAUAAAGAAAAAAAUGAAGAGUCUGUGGAAGAAAUGAAAGAAAGGAGCAAGGACACUUUCAAAACGACGUCCUUUACUGAGAUGGCUCGCCGACGCAGGCGAAAUGGAGGCAGCAGCAACUCUAGCUGUGGAUACAGUUAUGGAGAUAAUGAUAGCUUGGCCUCUGACUCAUAUUACAGCACUGAUAUUAGCAAUAAGCAUCUCCCAAAUGUAAGCCAUGGCAGUUUUGAUUAUGCCUCAAUGAUACCCGAUUCCCCGCCUCCUCCUCCCCCUCCUCGGCCUCUACCACCACGGCCACAGAUACUGUCCAACCCCCCUGAGCUUCCACCUAUAAAGCCGUGCACUCUGAUGGCCAACGCAUCCCGGCCAGACCGAUUCGACUGGCUGAUAGCCUUCACCCCGGACACAGAGACUCCACCGCUGGCUGUUAAAAAGUCUACCGAAGCUGUACCCCAAAAAGCAAGCACUGGUCCAAAAGUCACCACCUUUAAAGAACUGCGAAACAGAGGCAAACAGGUUUCCCCACCAACCCAAGUCCAAGAUCCCGAGCCGUCUGUUGUCACCCCAGACCCAGAUUUCCUCUACAACCUCAAGUGGAGGCGAGAGAAAGCAGAUGGGGAUGGCACACAGUGGGAAUACACGUCCCAAGCACAGGCCACUUUCCUCCAGCCUCCACCUACACCUGCUUCACUGGCCCUGUUCAGGGAAAUGCGCCACCUGAACUUUCAAGGAGAUGCUUCUCUGCAGCACAGUAUCCAAAAUCCCACCAGUAGGCACGAUUCGCAUGGUUUUGACCAAAAAGCAGAGCGCAAAGAAGAUGAGCUGGAGAAGACAGAGGUCAGGGGCACGGCCGAUGGAGGACGAACGCUGGAAUCAAGAACAAGAGUAUCCUCACCUCCUCUGUCUUUAGCCUUUCCUGAUCCUUUACCUUCCUCUCCCUAUUACCUCCACUCCACUCCUCCUUCCCAGCCGCCCUUGUUCUAUCGUUCUGACUUUUAUAGGAGCCAGUCUAAGGCCUAUCCUUUUCCGCAGGUCUCCAGAAUUCCCACUGAUUCCAUUAGAGACACCUACCCUGACUCGCUGUACCGCUCUGAAAACGGCGGGGAAUUUUCCUGUCGCCAUAAAAAUCCUUUCAGCGCUAAUGCUAACAGCAGUUCGAGCAGCAUUAUAGAUUCCUUAUACCAGUACUCUCAAUAUUCUGAAAAGAAAGCUAAACUUCAAAGCUAUGACUAUGAAAAGGACUCCAUCCAUGCUAGCAACCACUUUACUUCAGAGGGUGCUAGCUGCUACGAUUCCAACUGCAACGUAGACUCACUUUACUGCGACAACAAAUACAAGACAAAAACCUUGACGUUUGUAGACUUUCCCCAACCGGAUAUUAGCACGCUCACUGAUGGCAACACCACCCCAUACAAAAACAUUGACAUGAUAAAUUUGAUAAACGCAGGAAAGCUCAACGAUUUAAGCGAUGCUAGCGCUAAAGAUAGUUCUAAAGUUGAAGAAAGCAGCACCUCAUGGUUUGCUACGAGAAGUUAUGAGAAGGCUAGCGACAAAACAAUGGAAAACAAACCACAAAUGUUCCCCACCCUCUACCUCUACCACCCUAAAAACUGCCCCAUGCACAAGGGCGCCCCCCCACGCCUGUCUCCAGUUGGAGCUAUCUCACCCCCCUUCAGAGCCGGCUCUCUCUCCCCAGGUGCCGACGUAUCCCGCUUGGCCUCGCCCCUUUUCCCCCGCAGCCACACCCUCCCUGCUCUUGCUGCCCCACUUUACUACCCCUACCUUUACACCCCCCGUGCUCCGGCUCCGCUACCUGAGCCCAAACUCCACUCUCAGCAGCGUCCAUCACCACCACUCUCUCUGACGGUCCGCAGCCUGUCCUUCGCUGGUUCUGCAGCUAAAGCGGCGUGGAUGGGCAGCGAUGUGAGGCCCCCACUGAGAGGUGAUGGGCUGUCCUCCCUCUUCCUGCAGGAAAAAAGAGCUUUGGUCAGUGUGGUCAGUGUGGCGGUGGAGGCCAUUCUGGCUCAGUUCAGUUCAUCUAGGACUCUGGUGCAGAAGUUCCCCUCAGUAGAACAGGCUCUCUCCGGGGACAGCAGUGUGAACCCGACGUUGGGCCGGUUGGUGCUGCAGUGUCUUUGUCCCGCUCUGCGUGAUCUCCUCAGCGACGGACUCAAACCACAUCAGAGUGACCUCAUCGCUGGCAGGAGGCCAAAUUCGCCAUGGGGUUUGGUUCAGGCCUCCACCAAACCCGGCUCCAACACCCAGGCCCUGUACAUCCUGCAGGCUAAAGUAGCUGCUCUUCCCCAGUUGAAGCACAGCCGUCACAGGUUCAACUCCUUCCUUCUGGGCCUCCUCAAUAUCAAGCGCCUUGAUUUCUGGCUUUCCCAUCUGCAGUCCUGCAGUGAUGUGUUGGAGACAUACUACCGCCCCACCGCCUUCAUGCGCCUUUCAUCUACUUCCUGCCAGCAUCUCUUUGAGGAGCUCCUCCUCCUGCUGCAGCCACUGUCCCUCCUGACCUUCAACCUCGACCUUCUCUUCCAGCACCACCAUCUCGACCCCUCUUCUCCCGACCUCACCCCAGUUACCUACAGCAGCCCCGGCAUGAGCAGACCACCCAACCGGGGCUUCAGCUUCCACCUGCUGCCCACCUACCAGUCUGAAGCCAGUGCCGGGCAUCUGAAGGGCGCGUCCAAACAGGAACCUGCUGGUGUCCAGAGUGGCCUGAAAUCAAGCUCCUCUACGCUCUCCUUCAGUCCAGCUCCCGUCCAGGUCCAGUGCAGACCACCAGCAGCCAUAGCUAAGGGGGAGACCAGCCCUCAACUGCAGUGGCUGAAGGAGAAGGAGAUAGAAGCGCCACCAAGUGACGGAAGCGGGAACAGCCUCUCUCAGCAGGCGGGUCAGGCUCUGCAGCAAGGCUGGGGGGCAGUGAUGCGCUGGGGGGAGCGAUUAGGGCAGAAUUUGGGUGGGCUGGCGUCUGCCGGCUGGUCAGAAGAAGGUAAAGGGUUUGACACAGUGAGGGAUCUGAAUACCUACCCCGCUACAAAUGCCCUGAAGAGCCCGGGCCAGGAAGACAUGAUGGUGGACGGUGUUCCUUGGGGUUUGGGUCGGCUGUUCGGAGCUUCCAAAAGCCCCAGCAAUCCACCAUCAAAAAGGCGUCCCUCUCAGUGGCUGUCUCCUGGUAUAACGGCUCUUACCCGGAUGACGGGAGCAGGUCAUGCUUUCCUACCUGACAAGAUUGAACCUGGAAGAAAAGAAGAGAAGGAGAAAGACAGAAACGAAGAGAGAAAACAGGCUGACGAUCAGCCAAAACCCUUGAGGGCGGUCCGAACCCUGUGCGACCAUGCUGGCACGGGGGCGGAGCUGACCUUCAGGAAAGGGGAGGAGCUCAUCGUGCUGGGCGGCGUGGACCAAGACUGGAUUCGCUGUCGCCAAGGAGACAAGGAGGGCCUUGUUCCUAUCGGUUACGCCUCACUGAUUGCAUGACGCGGAGGCUCCCCAUUGGACGAUGAGCGGAGCGGAGCGGCACGCCAGGUCGCUGUCGAGUGUCUGUCGAGUGUAGUGUUUUAGAAACUGCGUCAAGUGUUCUCACCUCUGUUGCCUGGUUUGUGACGUCACAAAUGUUUGUUUUUUGAUUUAUUUGCUUCUUUUUUUUUUCUCUCUUUGCAACUCUUAGCAUUCUGUUAUACACAAGCAUAUAUAUACAUAUACGCGUUACUGUAUAAAUUCUGCAUAUACAUAAAGCUAUAUAUACAUAUAUAUAAAAAAAAAAUAGAUUCAUACUAUUUAAAAAAAAAUAAAAAAUUAACAAGAUAGAUAGACAGAUAGACAAACAAGACAUAAAGCUGAAUAGUCAGUAUAGUGUAGUGAUUCCGUCCGCGAUAAUAGUUUUCAGAUAGAUUUCAGAUUCCAUCGUGUAUCGUUGCAUUAUGAAACAUCGCACUCAUGUUGUUGUACAGCUUAGCCCAAAUUUAAAGCUUGCUGAUGAUGGAUUGUAAAGGACAGCUUAGUCUAUUGGCGCUACUUUUGGGGUUUUACUCAAUCAGGAAUAUAGCAAUGAAGAAGCCCCUUGCACUGUAUUACAAAGUAGCAUCGUUAUAACGUACAAUUAUGGAGAUAUUAAGAUGUAUUGCGUAUAUUUCAGAUGGGUUAGGCCUAAAACUCAGUAAUGAAGUCCAGUACUAUAUUUAACGUGCACUGGAAAUUAGUUUCUGAGACAUGAACUCAUGUGUGUUUAUGUGUGUUUAUGUUUAUUCAUACAUUUUUACCCAUCCCCCUUCACGCCAUCUUUAUCUCAUCUAUAUCUCAUGAUCCUGACCUUGUUCCAACUAUUAUCGCAGUUGUUUCUCUCAGUAGUGCUAAUAGAGUGUUUUAGCGUGCUAGUGUGCUGAGCGUCCCUAUCCGUUCUCGUUAGAAGAUCCCAUCACUUUAGGCUUGAUAUCGAUGACUAUGCAUACACCGUACUGUACUAUUCGCAAGACUCGUCGUCAGGGGCAACCACGUAUGACAGACUUCAUAUAUUUUACUCAUUUUUAAUCGGUAACCUGUUCGUGAACGUGAAUCGUAAGUUGCAUGAGGAAACUCCAUAUAUUGUCAGUCUCAGAAACAAAUAACAGUGCAAUAUCACGUGUAUCACUGCAUUUCAGCCUUAAAGGAACACUUGAAAAUUUUACAUCCUUGUCCGUAGGCCAGUCACAAUAAUUACGUUACGAAUUAUGAAACAAUAAAUGAAAAUGACGUUGAUCGUUUUUGUGCUUUUGAAAUUGUAUACUGUAUACACACACCUAGUACAGAUUUACUGCUGCUGUAGUCUUUCACACAGUUAAUUUAAAAUCUUUACUUCUGUUUGAACGCAGAUCAUUACUUGAAUUUCUUGUCUCUUAAUGUGUUUGAGAGCAUCAGUUGUAAAGUUGUGAAGAGGUAGAGUUACAGGUAUACAGUGAAUAACUCUGUUUGAUUAAUGGGAAAGUCAGUCAAUUCGAAACAUUUCAAAAACUUAUACAAAAUAUCCUCAAAUGCAGUCAAAAAGACCAUAAAAACAUUAUGAUGAAACUGGUUCUCAUCAGGACCACCCCAGUAAAGAAAGAGCAAGAGUUAUCUCUGUUGUACAGGAUAAAUUCAUCAGAGUUACCAGCCUCAGAAACCGCAAGUUAACAAACAGCUCUGCAGAUAAGAGAACCUAAAUGCUUCACAGAGUAUUUUGGUUUUCACUUUUAAGUUAUUAUUUUUCUGAAUUUAUGUUCACAGUGAUCGUGAUCGUGACAGGCCUACAGCUCUGUAUCUGCUGUGUUUGUAGCAUCCGCUCGAUUAGCACACACAGACCAUCCUUUAAACACGAUUAUCGAACAUAGAACAAAACACUGCAGAUGCAGCCGACAGAGAUUAGGAUGAAAUGCUGAAGUGUUCCUUUAAGUGCACAUCAAAAUACGCAGGGGCAAUCGCUGUCACAGUGGCUGAUGAGUCGACUUCGGUUGAUUGAUGGCCAUCUGUGCCUGCUGCGACAUGCUAGUUUUGCAUGGAUGUUGGCUUCAUUUCUUUCUUUCUUUCUCUCUCUCUCUCUCUCUCUCUCUCUCUCUCGCUCUCUCACUCUCUCUCUCUCACAAACACACACACACACACACACACACAAAUGUGCCGCUAAAACUCAGAAACUGUGCCAGUUUACAGCCGCAGAGCCAUUGGCAACACACAGCACCGAAAACGCAGAGCCUUUCCAGCACUUUCUCGCUUAUCCGUCUGUGCAUGUGUGACUUAAACCUCCAUCUACAUUCUUUAGGGCUUUAUUCUAGAGCAGGGGUGUAUAAUUUUAGCUGAUUUGGAAGUUUAAAUCCAUCAGAUUGAUUCUAAUCCACUAGAAAAUCUAGCAAAUAAAGUUCUGUUUAUUUUAAGACAUCUUUUUCUAAAGCAUUCUAACUGAUUUAACUGAGUCAGCCAAGACUGGCCAUACUGUUUGCUGUCCAUAAUUGUGCUUCUUUGAUUUAGUGCUGGCGCUACGAUGCACUACUCACAUUACAAACAAUAUAAUUCAAAAGUUACUAAAUACACACACAUACAAACACAUACUUUUGCUAAAGCUCUUGGAACCUAAAUAUAAGUCUGAGCAACCGGAACCAGCACGGUGGAAAACUGACCAAUCAAAAGGCUAUUGUGGCUCUGCUCUCUCAUUAAGUCUAAGCCACCGUCUGAGGGUGUAAUCUCACCAAUUAAAAGGCUAACAAAACUCCGCCCUCUCUUUAAUAAUUUAUAGUCCCCACCUAUAAUCUAGUGUGAGCCUGUAUUUAUAUGGGAAAUAGAAUUAGGUGAUUGAUGCUAGUAGCUACAUUAGCUGUGGAGCUCCAGCGCUAAUCUAAACAAGCUACAAUUGGACACCAACCACGUCUUGAUUGAUUGUAUCAUCUGGCUUAUGAAAACUGAAGCUACAUUAGUUUUUUUUCACUAAACCAUUUCUGUACCAGGACAGUGGUGUUAGUGCAAAUGAACCGGAAUGAGCUGCGAACAUGUUAAACAGCUUUUUAAAGUUGAGAAUAAUGUUUAAGACAUACUUGAGCUGAUUGGCCAGUCCUGCCUCACCUGCACUAUUCUAAGUUAUUAUUUUAUUUCAUCAUUUAAAAUCCUCCACCUCUGCUUUUGUAUCUUCCAAUGAAUUUAGGACACAUAAAAAAUAUAAAUUAUAAAGCUAAUAAUUGUUUAAUUGGAGCAUUUUUCCUGAUUUUAUGUUCAGCAAUAACUGAACUAAUAUCUGAGGGCCUUAAGUAUGGAGGUCCAGGCUUGCCAAAAGAUAAAUAAAAUAUAACAAAAAUAAAAAGAUAAAAAUCAGCAGAAACAAAGAAAAAAGAAACAAUUCAUUAUUUUUGUUUUUACAUUUAUAUAUUCUUUGAUUUAUUUAUUUAUGAAUUAAUUACUAUUUUAUAAGUUCUGUAUGUGUAUUUUUUACUUUUGUUGAAUUUAUAUUUAUUUAAUAUUUUUUUCUCAUUUACUAAUGUCUGUAUUUCUUCCUUUGUAUGAUAAUGAUUGAAAGAUUUUAUGUCCCAUGAUAAUUAAAUCAUUUUUUUUUUCUUUGUUUAUUGUUUUUAUUUAUUAAUUUGUUCAUUUUUUUUGGGCAGAGUUGGUCCUCUAUAUUUGGGGCCCAAUAAUAAGGAAAUGUAAAGUUUAUGGCCUUAAUAAAUAAUAAAAUUAUACAUCCAAUUAAGACCAAAAUUACGCACCAAUUAGAAACCAAAACAGUUUAUCGAACAAAACUGAUGCUAGUUUUGAGAUUUCUUUGAAGUCUGUCCCUGUCACUUUUGAUCUUUCUUUGAUCUAAUAUUUAGAAUCAUACCAAAAAAAAACAAAAGAAACCGAAUCAAAUCGAGAUAUCAUUUCUUAAAAUAGAAUCAUAAUUAAAGAUUUGACUGAGAUUCUGAUAUUUUUUUCUGAUUCAUCCCGCUGUUAUACGAUCUUCUCUGAAACUGCUUGAUGUAAUUUUUGAUGAAGUGGGUUUACAUGCAGAUUCUACACUGGAUUAAAUGUUUAGAUCUGUAGGGUGAGAAUGUGGAAUAAGUUUUUCAUUUAUUUAUAAUAUUAAAAUUGUGACUUGGUGUUGUUGUAGCGAGUUCCAUAUUUCCAUAUAUUUCCAUAUUUUGAGCAUUGUUGUUCUGUUCUUACCUCAAAGGGGAAAACUGCAAUGAUGUGUGGACCAUUACAGGGAUUUCUGCCAAUGCUGGUGUCUUUUAUUUUUAUUUAAUUAUUUUUUGGGGGGUUUGGUCAUUAAUAUGCAUUUACCCUUUGUGAAAUGAAGCCUUGGUUUGGUGGUAAACAUGAAAAAACAGGUAUAUAAAUAUCGAGUAAUAGUAUAUUAGUGUAGUAUUGUUUUUGUUGAUGUUGAUUUGGCUGCUCUAUUUAUCCCUUUCUCGUCUAUCUCUCUAUCUUUCUAUCUAUCUAUCUACAAUCUAUCGAUCUGUAUUCUAUCUAUCUAUUUAUCUUAUCUAUCUGCUGUUGUGUGUUAAGAGUGUAUGGGUGUGUGUGUGUGUGUGUGUGUGUGUAUGCCUUUGCGUGGCAGUGGGUUGCAUAGCUCUGUGUGAUUUAGCCCGCCGCUAGUAGCACACUUUAAACGCAUAUAUAGAAGUCUGUACUCUGUUGCUGCAGUGUCCUUCUACAGUCAGUCGCUUCCUUGCAUGUGGGUGUUUGUAAAUAUACCCAAUAAAGUAUCAAAAUUAAUA